CCCGCAUAAUUUAUAAAAUAAAUUGAAAGAUUUGCUGUUCAGUCCUCACCAACAACCCACCCAACAGGCCAUUUCCAAACCGAAUCAGAACACCAGAAAUCUCUCUCUUGGAGGAUGGCAAUGGCAGCGGCAAUGGCUCUUCGCAGAGUCUCCUUCUCCAUUAAACACCCUAUUCGACCGUUCGUCUAUCACAUGUCCUCUUUGCCCAACGAGGCAGUAAAGGAAAAGGAAAAGGGUCAUGCUACUUGGAUCAAGCAAUUGAAUGAUCCGUUGGAGGUCAUCGAUCCGGAAAUUGCUGACAUCAUCGAGCUCGAGAAAGCUCGGCAAUGGAAGGGGCUUGAACUCAUACCUUCGGAGAAUUUCACGUCGUUGUCAGUGAUGCAAGCUGUUGGAUCUGUAAUGACCAACAAAUACAGCGAAGGGUAUCCUGGAGCUAGAUACUACGGAGGAAACGAGUAUAUUGACAUGGCUGAGUCCUUAUGUCAAAAGCGUGCGCUAGAAGCUUUUCAUCUGGAUCCUACAAAAUGGGGAGUCAAUGUGCAAUCACUAUCCGGAUCCCCUUCAAACUUUCAAGUUUAUACUGCAUUGUUGAAACCUCAUGAGAGAAUCAUGGCUCUUGAUCUACCUCAUGGUGGGCAUCUUUCCCAUGGAUAUCAGACUGACACAAAGAAGAUAUCUGCUGUGUCUAUAUUCUUUGAGACAAUGCCAUACAGAUUGAAUGAGAGCACUGGUUAUAUUGACUAUGACCAGUUGGAGAAAAGUGCAACACUUUUUAGACCAAAACUAAUAGUUGCUGGUGCAAGUGCUUAUGCACGCCUUUACGAUUAUGGACGCAUCCGCAAGGUAUGUGACAAGCAGAAAGCAGUUCUGCUAGCUGAUAUUGCACAUAUCAGUGGAUUGGUUGCAGCCGGUGUCAUUCCAUCUCCUUUUGACUAUGCAGAUGUUGUGACAACAACAACGCACAAGUCCCUUCGUGGCCCACGUGGUGCUAUGAUUUUCUUUAGGAAGGGGUUGAAAGGGAUUAACAAACAAGGGCAAGAAGUGUUGUAUGAUUAUGAAGACAAAAUCAAUCAGGCUGUCUUUCCUGGACUUCAAGGUGGUCCACACAAUCAUACCAUAGCUGGUUUAGCAGUUGCAUUGAAGCAGGCCACAACUGCAGAGUUCAAGGCUUAUCAAGAGCAAGUUCUUUGUAAUUGCUCACAAUUUUCACAGAGUUUGUUAGAGAAGGGCUAUGAACUUGUCUCUGGUGGAACUGACAACCAUUUAGUGUUGGUGAAUUUGAGAAACAAGGCCAUUGAUGGGUCAAGAGUAGAAAAGGUUUUGGAAUCAGUUCAUAUUGCAGCCAAUAAAAAUACUGUUCCUGGGGACGUUUCUGCCAUGGUUCCUGGCGGCAUUCGCAUGGGAACCCCAGCUCUCACAUCUAGAGGGUUUGUUGAGGAGGAUUUUGCAAAAGUAGCUGACUUCUUUGAUGCAGCCGUGAAGUUGGCCUUGAAAAUCAAGGCUGAUUCUAAAGGAACAAGGUUGAAGGAUUUCGUGACGACCAUGCAAUCAGAUGCGCACAUUCAAUCUGAGAUUGCAAAGCUCCGGCAUGAGGUUGAGGAGUAUGCUAAGAAAUUCCCAACUAUUGGUUUUGAGAAAGAAACAAUGAGAUACAAGGACUGAAGAAAAGGAUGUUUCCUGCGCAAGAUGUACUCGGUGCUGGAUAGGCCGUCAGUGUCUACAUCAAAAUAUCCUCAGUAUUUAGUGAAGAGAGAAAAGCAUUGGAGCGUGUUGAGCUUUCAUCUAUAUAUAAUUUAGAAAAUGAACUUUUAUGCAAAUGUAGAUUAAAAUUCUAUUAGCUGAUGCUUUGCAAAUAAUAAACAUUGAUUCUUGAA